UCCAUGGGUUAUCAUUUGGCGCAGGAACCAAUGGAGAGAGGAUGAGAUAAUGCCUCUAUUUUAGAACUGAAACCAACAAAAUUCCACUCAAUCGAACUCUCUCUAUUUUCGGAGGCGGGAUUGCUCGAUCCUUUCUCUCUUUUUUCAGCUUCUUUUCAAUUUCCAAGUGGUAACUACAGGGACAUGGCUGCCUUAGCAACUGCAGAACUUUGUGAUGCGAACACCACGCUUUUGGCCAGUGGGGAGCUGCGAGUUCUUCAACCGAUCUUCAAUAUCUAUGGACAAUGCCGAGUGUUCUCUGGCCCUAUUGUCACCCUUAAGGUGUUUGAGGACAAUGUAUUGGUAAGAGAGCUUCUUGAGACUAGAGGGGAUGGAAGGGUUCUAGUCAUAGAUGGUGGAGGAAGCAUGAGGUGCGCCCUAGUAGGGGGGAACUUAGGACAGUUAGCCCAAAACACGAGGUGGGCUGGUAUUUUGGUGAAUGGGUGCAUUAGAGACGUUGAUGAGAUUAAUGGCUGUGAUAUUGGAGUUAGAGCCUUGGCAUCUCAUCCAUUGAAAUCCAACAAAAAAGGCAAAGGUGAAAAACAUGUUUCUGUUCACAUAGGAGGUGAAUGGAUUCACGAUGGAGAAUGGCUCUAUGCAGACAGUGAUGGUAUUCUGAUUUCAAAAAGAGAGUUGUCCAUGUGAAAGUUGCCCAUCAUGGCUGUAGAAGGUAAUUGGGCCUAAUAAGUACAAUUUAUUCUGAAUUGCCAACUUCUCCUUUUAUAUGCAUUUACUUGUAUAGCAGUAUGUUUCAUCCAAUCAAAAUUGGAACAUUGAUGACUAAAUCAAUGCAAGUAUAAAUAAAUCUAGUAUGUUGAAAUUUCA